AUUCUGGGAUGUAGCAUGAAACACAAUGGCGGCGAAACUCAAUCAUUUGCAACUUUUUGUGGUUUAUUAUUCGCUUACAGCAAUAUUGCUACAAAUUAGUCUAACGUGUGCUACAGAGUUAACGUGGGACGACAAUGGCUACAUUUUAUAUUGUCCUUGCAUGGGUCGAUUUGGAAACCAAGCCGACCACUUUCUGGGUUCUUUGGCAUUCGCAAAAAUCCUGAAUCGCACACUGGCAGUUCCCCCCUUCAUAGUGUACCGGCACCACGCGCCACCAUACUCAAAUGUACAUGUCCCCUACAGUGAGUUCUUCCAGCUGGAAGCCCUGACCCACUACCACCGUGUGGUAAGCCUGGAGGAUUUCAUGGAGCAGCUUGCCCCAACACACUGGCCUAAGGGACAGAGGGCAGCCUACUGCUUUGAGUCAGCUGCCCAGAGGAGUGUGGACAAGAAGUCCUGCCCCAUGAAGGACGGGAAUCCUUUUGGUCCGUUUUGGGACCACGUAGGAGUGGAGUUUGACAGGUCUGUCCUGUUUGACGGCUUGUCCUUCAGUUCCUACCACCAACCUCAUUGGCUCAACAAGUUCCCUCCGUCAGAGCACCCUGUCCUGGCCCUGCCUGGUGCCCCGGCCCAGUUCCCUGUCAUAGAGGAAUAUGUGGGUCUACAGCGGUAUGUCGUUUGGACGGAGAGGAUGGUGCAGGAGGGACAGGAACACAUUGCUGCUCUGCUGCCCAGGCCAUUCGUGGCCAUACAUCUGAGGAUCGGCUCUGAUUGGGUUAAUGCCUGUAAGCUGCUCCAGAGUGGGGAUACUGGGCCUCACUUCAUGGCCUCUCCUCAGUGUGUGGGUUAUAACCGUCACACCGCUCUGCCCCUCACCAUGACCAUGUGCCUCCCUGACCUGGCUGAGAUCCGCCGGGCCCUCAAGCUCUGGGUCAAGAAAACCUCUGCCCGUUCUGUUUACAUCGCCACAGACUCAGAGUCCCACCUCGCUGAGAUCCAAAAACUCUUCAAGGAUAAGGUGAAGGUGGUGAGCCUCAAGCCGGACUCUGCCCAGUUGGACCUGUACAUCCUAAGCCAAGCUGACCACUUCGUUGGGAAUUGUGUGUCCUCGUUCUCUGCUUUUGUCAAACGAGACCGAGAUGUCCAUUCCCGUCCGUCGUCUUUCUUCGGAAUGGACCACGCUGGAAAAAUGUACAAGAAACAAGAGCUGUGAAGAUUUUCCGUUUCUGGGUAGUCCAUUCUGAAGAAAGAUGACAAAUGGCUUUUCAAUCUUGGGUGAGGACUUGGACAGUGCAUUGUGGGAAUGUGAUCUACUCCAUCCUCAUAUUACACAGUGGUGUAGUAAUACUUUUUUAGGGGGGGGGACUCAGAUCGCCGUUCGCUGUGAAUAAAGUAACGCUUUCAAUGUAUGUUUCCUGCAAAAGGUAGGUAAAAAAAUAACAAAGUUGUGUAAGCUGUGUUUACUUGGGUUUAGCCUCUAGCGGCAGUGUAGCCUAGUGGUUAGAGCGUUGGACUAGUAACCGAAAGGUUGCAAGUUCAAAUCCCCGAGCUGACAAGGUACAAAAUCUGUCGUUCUGCCCCUGAACAGGCAGUUAACCCACUGUUCCUAGGCCGUCAUUGAAAAUAAGAAUUUGUUCUUAACUGAUUUGCCUAGUAAAAUAAAGGUAAAAUAAAAAUAGUACAACCACUGCUAUUAAACAAUCAGUUACACUAUUACAUAACUCUUCAGAACAUCAAGAGGGCGUUCAAUUUCCACAAUACUUUCUAUAGCCACAGCUACAUAUGUCUCAAUUUGCAUAGCAGCCAAGUUAGCAGAAGCUCAGAUCAUCCUGUUGAACCCUGGGUGGGUAAGACUUCCGGUGUCAUGUCCCUGUCUGAUCAUGUGCUCCAGCUCUUACGUGUUGCUCUCCCUCCCUCCUAUCCUUCUUUAAUACGAUGUAAAGGCGACCUGGUGGAUGAGGGUGGGAAAUAACCCUCAGGAGUGCAGUAACUGAUCCUGCAGAUACUAAUUAUAAAUGGGAGGUUGACAGUCCUCCUACAUUUUUCUAAUUUACGUAUGUAAAUGAUUACUGUAUCAGCUUUUGUAAUCGGUUUCUGAUAUUUUUGAAGAGUUGUACCUGCUAGCUAGUUGUGUUAUUGCUCUGUGAUGAAAAAUGACUGGGAACAUGACAUUUAUGCAAAUUAACCCUAAAAUGUGAUGACUGAGCUUCCUCUGUUAGAUAAAUGGAGAAGAUUCAUGCUUCACUGGUGAAUACAUGUCUGUAGCCUUGAAUGAAACCAGUUAAUGCACAUUCUCGCUUUUGACAUGUUCAAUUUUCAAUGCAUUUCUUUGAAUAACAUUUUCCAAAGUUAUAUUGACCCAAUUUUGUAAGAGACAUUUGCUCCCUAUUUAUUAUGAUUGGUCUUCAGCUGUUACCUAGGAACAUGUUGCUAGGCUACUCCAUACAGUAGCAGGACAAAGACACUGAUUGGCUGUGAUGUCAAUAUCUUAGGGUGAACAUUCCAGGAGUAGUUGCGUCAUACCCAAGAAGACUCAAGGCUGUAAUCACUGUCAAAGGUGCUUCAACAAAGUACUGAGUAAAGGGUCUAAAUACUUACAGCACCAGUCAAAGGUUUGGACUCACCUACUCAUUCAAGGGUUUUUCCAUAUUUUUACCAUUUUCUACAUUGUAGAAUAAUAGUGAAGACAUCAAAACUAUGAAAUAACACAUAUGGAAUCAUGUAGUAACCAAAAAAGUGUUUAUACAAAUCGAAUAGAUUUUAUUUCAUAUUCUUUGAAGUAGCCACCCUUUGCCUUGAUGACAGCUUUGCACACUCUUGACAUUCUCUCAUCCAGCUUCAUAAGGUAGUCGUCUGGAAUGUGUUUCAAUGAACAGGUGUGCCUUGUUAAAAGUUAAUUUGUGGAGUUUAUUUUGUUCUUCAUGCUUUUGAGACAAUCAGUUGUGUUGUAACAAGGUAGGGGUAGUAUACAGAAUAUAGCCAUAUUUGGUAAAAUACCAAGUCCAUAUUGUGGCAAAAACAGCUCAAAUAAGCAAAGAGAAAUGACAGUCCAUCAUUACUUUAAGACAUGGUCAGUCAAUCCAUAAAAUAUCAAGAACUUUUAAAGUUUCUUCAAGUACAGUCGCAAAAACCAUCAAGCGCUGUAAUGAAACUGGCUCUCAUGAGGACUGCCACGGGAAAGGAAGACCCAGCGUUACCUCUGCUGAAGAGGAUAAGUUCAUUAGAGUUACCAGCCUCUGAAAUUACAGCCCAAAUAAAUGCUUUACAGAGUUUAAGUAACAGACACAUCUCAACAUCAACUGUUCACAAGAGACUGCGUGAAUCAGGCCUUAAUUAUUGAAUUGCUGUAAAGAAACCACUACUAAAGGACACAAAUAAGAAUAGACUUACUUGGGCGAAGAAACACGAGCAAUGGACAUUAGACUGGUGGAAAUCUGUCCUUUAGUCUGAUGAGUCCAAAUUUGAGAUCUUUGGUUCCAAUCGCCGUAUCUUUGUGAGACGCAGAGUAGGUGAACGGAUGUGAAGCAUGGAGGAGGAGGUGUGAUGGUGACACUGAUUUAUUUAGAAUUCAAGGCACACUUAACCAGCAUGGCUACCACAGCAUUCUGUAGCGAUAUGCCAUCCCAUCUGGUUUGCGCUUAGUGGGACUAUCAUUUGUUUUUCAACAGGUCAAUGACCCAGCAAGAUGGCGCUGACAGAGAUGGUUGCCUCACUUUGAGUCCUUAGGAAACUAUGCAGUAUUUUUUUUAAAUGUAUUACACUGUCGGAACUAUAAGCACAAGCAUUUCGCUACACUCACAUUAACAUCUGUUAACCAUUUGUAUGUGACCAAUAAAAUUUGAUCUGAUUUGACACA